AUGAACAUCACCGCGGACACAGAGCGUCGCAGCCUAAAUGUCGCCAUUGUUGGCGGCGGCGUUGUUGGCCUUACCUGCGCAGUUGCUCUGCUUCGUGCAGAUGUACAUGUGGAGCUCUUCGAAGCAGCGGCACGAUUUGAAGAGAUCGGGGCAGGAGUAGGCAUUGGAGCAAACGCUGCCCGGAUCCUCGCCUCCCUUGGAGUGCUAGACGAGGUCCUUGUGAAGACGCAGGAGCCCGGACUAACCAUGGGGUCAUUUUCAAUGAAGUCGGGUAUGGAUGAACACCAGCUGAUCUACGAGUACCCCUGGGUUGCAGAGGAUGACGGAGUCGGUGCCCAUCGCGCGUCUUUCCUUGACGCUCUUAUAGCAUUCAUAGACCCGAAGUUCACGCAUUUCCACAAACGAUGCGUAUCUGUGUUAACCUCGACAACCGAGUCCCCACGCCAAGUCAUUCAUUUUGCUGAUGGCACCACACACGAAGCGGACGUGGUUAUUGGUGGUGAUGGCAUCAAGAGUAGUGUUCGCACAGCAGUUACGGGAAGUUCUGAGACGCGUGUCGCCUUCAGCAACACUAUUUGCUAUCGCGGGUUGAUCCCUUAUGAGGCGGUCAAGGCGGCCGGUGUCAAAACCGACUUUGGGCGACCGAUCAUGUUCUUGGGUAAGGGCAAGCACCUUGUUGUAUUUCCUGUCAGGAACCAAGCCCUUAUAAACGUCGUGGCGUUCGCUGCGGACCAUACAAUCCCCAUCGGAUCGGUCCAGCUACCUCCUGAUCAACCCCGAGUUAUUCUGGUGCCGCAAGAAGAGAUGCUCAAGGAAUACGAAGGCUGGGGUAAUGACGUGAUUGGGCUUCUGAGCUGCAUUCCGAAGCCCAGCAAAUGGUUCAUUCAUGUUGUGCAUCCGCCUCUCGAAUCCUAUGUCAAGGGUCGUAUUGCGCUUGUAGGCGAUGCGGCGCACGGCAUGCUUCCGCACUUGGGUGCCGGCGCUGGUCAGGGCAUCGAAGAUGCGUAUGUAAUCGCUGGCUUGCUUAGCAAUCCACAGACGUCGCCCUCGAAUGUCGAGAGCGUUCUUCAGGCUUACGACCGCAUCCGCCGUCCGCGUGCUCAGAUGGUCUGGGAGGCCAGUUACAGAGCCGGUAGAGUCUAUGAUGGUUUCGGGGAUCAUGGCCUAUCGCCUGAAGGGGUCGAGCAGGAUAUCGGUCGACAGUGGGACCCGGUGUACAAGCACGACAUUGAUAACGACAUCGAGCAGGCCGUAGCGUGGCUCAAGGAGAUGUUUAUUUUUGCCUAAAUAGUGUUGGCUUGUCGUACAUGUAUUCAAUUCCGAGCUCAACGUGACAAUGAGUAUGCAAGUAUUCUGUGACAC